AUGAAGAUCUCAACUCUUCUUUUUGCCUCUUCCCAAGCUCAGUACACCACUGAAGGUUAUACCACAACGACUAUCCGACGACGCACUCCUCCUCACCCUUCAGUAUUUUGUCCAAGAAGCAGUCAACCGUACAGAGUCACUGGCAACACUGUCAUCACUUCUCCCGGCUUCGAACAUCAAGGACAUUACAUCAACCGUCGCGAUUGUACAUGGGAAGUUGAAAUGGACGCUUCUGUCAAAAGCUUCACGAUUUACCCCGAGUUCUUCGAGGUAGAAGGCGACGAAAAUUGCCGGAGGGACUUUUUGAAAAUCAGCUUUGGUGAUUCGAGCUUCACAUUUUGCUCGGUAGACUUCGACAUGGAGAACUUCGAGCCGUACACAGCUUCAUACUCGAGUAGUGAUUACAGUAGCUACGGAAGCAGCUACAGUGGUUACAGCCCCUACCAAGGAGACUUUAACCACCCUCUCAAGGUCAUUGGAAACAAAGCAACGAUCCGAUUCAAGAGCGAUUCCUUUACUGUUUUCAAAGGAUUCAAGCUCAGACUCGAGAUAGACUAA